GCCAAUCCUCGCGCCCUUCUCUUUCCUCCGCCUCCUGUUCUGAGGUGUCGCGCAGGCGCGGCCGAGGCGGCGCGGGUGGGGGCGAUUCCUUCAGAGGAUGUGGCGGGGCCAAGAUGGCGGCCAAGAUGGCAAAAUGGGCAGCCGUCCCCGCCGCUUUGGCAUGUGCUUCUGUUAACGUGUAUGCUGUAGCAAAGGAGGAGCCGAAAUCCCAGCCAGUUAAAGCCCAUCAGCUUUCUGUUUAUAAUGCACCCCCUCUGAAAUCAAGGUAUGUUGAUGAACAGCCUGGCCGCUUGCAAACUGGGAUUUCUUCUGUACGGACAUCAACAAGUUACUAUAUUAAUGGAUGCAAGAAUGCUUAUUUCUUCGUAAAAAAUGGAGUAAUAUCUUCUAUACAGUUUGGAAAAGAUGCAUAUGUUUAUCUGAAGAAUCCCCCUCCAGAAUUUCUUCCAAAAGUUGGUGCAGUUACACUCUCAGGACUGACUGGGCUAGUCCUGGCCAGGAAAGGAUCCAGAUUUAAGAAAAUUGCUUAUCCUGUGGGGCUCUGCACAUUGUGCAUAUCUCUUUGCUACCCGGCUCAGUCAGUAAUUGUUGCAAAGGUAACGGGUAAAAAGCUUUAUUCUGCAAGCCACAAAACCUAUGAAGCAAUAGGAUCGCUCUGGACCAAACGUUCCACUGCAGAAGUUCCCCUCGUCCUGGAUAAAGUUGCUGAGGAAGCUUCGGUCUCUAGAACAGAUCAUAGCAUCUCAGAACCUUGCACGGCAGCUUCGGAAUCAGAGGAAAAGGCAAAAGCACAUGAGACACAAUUUCAUGCAGGGAAAACUGUUUUUGAGUCAAAUUCAGUGCCUUCAGCAGCUGAAGUAAAGGUGCCAGUUGUCAUAUCAGAUGUGUUGAAGGUACCAAAGUUUAAACAUGAUCCCAGCCUCAUGGACCACGGCCAGUCCAACCCAGAAGAUGUAGACAUGUACAGCACCAGAAGCUAACACACCAGACUGUCCUGUCUUCGGGAUAUGACAACGACGGGACAUUAAACUGGAAGCAUAAAGCAAAUUUGCAAGUGUACUUUAUGUGGUGGUAUUGGAUCAGGUAUUUUCUUAACCAUCCCUGUAUAGCUAAUUUACUUGUCCUUCGUUGCCACUGUAUAAAUUUUUUACCACUUCUUGCUACCCAAAAAAAUAUUUUCUGAUUUCUGGAACGUACUCUCUUGAUACACAGAGCAAGACCAUUUUUAUAGGUAUCGGGAGUGCUUCAGAUGAGAUUGUUGUCAUGCUGGCAGUUAAUGUAAAUGCAAAAUAGAUUGCUCUGCUGCUUCUGCUCAGAUCCAUGUAGUAAAAGAGAAGUAUUUAAACACUCUUUUUUCUCUCUCUCUGUCUCCUGCUUCAUCUGAUUUCUUAUCCGGGGGUGUUGUACGUAAAUGAUCAUGUUCUGCAACCAUGCUGGCUUUUAACAUUUUGCUUAACAGUAGGAGAGAAGGGGGAAGAAAACGCAGCUCUUAUUAAUGGUAGUUUACGGAUAAUGGUUGCAUUACAUUAUAAAUGGCAUUUCCAAUAUGAUGCUAAUUUUAGAGGGCUUGCAUACGAGAGUGGUUUUACAAUUUACAGGAAAAAGCAUUUGCUUUUUGUAUUUAAUCACAUAACGGGCAAAGGAGCAUUGCCUCUCUAGGGAUGCCUGAGCUGUCCCCACAACUCUCUAAUGAGUGGAUCUAGCUCAAGCCAUGGGUUUAGGGUGACUGCUUAAGAUGGGUUUCUGCUGCAUUGUGGGUAAAAAAACCCCAAGAACAUGGGAUUUGUAGUUCUUUUGCAGGAGAUGCUGGUGUCCACUUCUACUGACUUAGCUAGCACCAAUAAGAAAUGGCUUUGAGAUGCAGGGAGGGAUCUGAAUGCAGAAUUAAACUAGCCAUGUGUGGUUGUAUAUAUUCAGGGCUUUUUUUGUUAGCAGGAAUUCCUUUGCAUAUUAGGCCAUACCCCUGAUGUAGCCAAUCGUCCAAGAACUUACAGAGCUCUUUUUACAGGGCCUACUGUAAGCUCUUAGAGGAUUGGCUACAUCAGUGGUGUGUGGCCUAAUAUGCAAAGGAGUUCCUGCUACAAAAAAAGCCCUGUAUAUUAUUGUGAGCUUGGGAGCACAGGUUGUGUUGAUGCUACAUGCCAUCUGAAACCCCCCUCCCUCUUUAUCUAGCUAUCGUCCAAAGCAUGCAGAGGUAGGAAGGAGCAGCCAAUAGAACUCCCUCGUUUUGCUGAGAACUCCCUCUCAGAGAACCAUUUUGGCUUUCAUAUUGGAUUGUAUGUUCUGUUAUUGGGACCCAGUUUGUAUUUGAAAAAGCAGAAUUAAAAAAAUUUCAGUGAAGAAA